AUGCUGUCUCAAUGCGUGUUUCUUACAGACCGCGACGGCAUCUUGUUGCGCAAUGAGCCUGUUCCUCCAGCUGCCGACUCGAAGUUUCUGGAUUUUGCCACGCUUCACGGUGAGGAAUUGCCGGGCGAGUUAGUGUUCGUCUCGGUCGCCUGGUCACCAUCGAUGUUGUCAUCGUCGGCUUCUCCCCGACCGGACGUCGAGCGGAUUGUCAAUCACGAGAGUAUGCGCGCUAAGUCGAGUGGAUCUCGUGGACACGACGGUAUUUCUCUGGACGAUUGUUUCCGGAACUUUGUCAAGCCGGAGACGCUCGACCAGGCCAAUUUGUGGUACUGCAGCAAGUGCAACGAGCACCGACAAGCACGCAAAACCAUGGAGAUGUGGCGGCUACCAGACGUGCUAGUGCUUUCGCUCAAGCGGUUCGAGUAUCGCAAUGAAAUCUUGCGCGACAAGUUGGAUGUGUACGUGGACUUCCCGCUGGAGGGUCUAGACAUGUCCCCGUACUGUCUCGAAAAGAGCGACGACAAGGACCAUCUUAGCUACGACCUGUUCGCCGUGAGCAAUCACUAUGGCAGUAUGGGCUUCGGUCACUACACCGCAUUUGCCAAGAGCUGGAAGGACGAAGGCGAGAUGUAUCCGGGUUGGUACUCGUUUGACGACAGUCUGGUGGCGCCAGCGAUGCCCAACCAGGUCAAGUCCAACGCAGCAUACAUUUUGUUCUACAAACGCAAGAACCUCCAGGUGGAGCCAACUCGUAGUAACAAGACUAAACAGAGUUAG